GCGCAGAAAUAGGUUGGACCACAGAGAGAAAGUGGUGGCCGUUUCCUGAAUUGGCGUAAAUAAACGGCCGUAAAUAAACCCGGUGCGGCGCAGAAAUAGGUUGGACCACAGAGAGAAAGUGGUGGCCGUUUCCUGAAUUGGCGUCGUCCGUAAAGCUCAUUCAAUUCCCCUGGUGGCCGCCCGCCCGCCCGCCAUGUCUCCGACAACCGUAUUCCUGGCUUACCUUAUCGGCGCCUCCACCGUGGCGGUUCUUUCCGUCGUCUACCUCCAAAACCUCCCCACCUCCGGCGACGUUUCCUCCUCCAUCAAACUUGCAUCGCAAAUCCCUCUUCGAUCGGAGACCAAAGUCUGGCCGGAGUUGAGGUUUAGUUGGAGGACGGUGGUUGCAACCGUGAUAGGGUUCCUGGGGUCGGCCUGUGGCACCGUGGGCGGCGUAGGAGGAGGCGGCAUCUUCGUCCCAAUGCUCACUCUGAUCGUAGGAUUUGAUACCAAGUCUGCCGCGGCAGUUUCAAAAUGCAUGAUAAUGGGGGCGUCAGGAGCAUCGGUAUGGUACAAUCUGAGAGUGGGACAUCCAUGCAGAGCAGCGCCAAUAAUAGACUAUGAUUUGACAUUUCUUUUCCAGCCAAUGCUAAUGUUGGGCAUCACCAUUGGGGUCGCUCUGAGUGUGGUCUUUCCAUAUUGGCUCAUUAGUGUCCUCACCGUCAUUCUAUUCAUAGGGACUUCUUCAAGGUCAGCUUUUAAAGGGAUAGAAAUGUGGAGGGAAGAAAGUAAAGUGAAGGAAUCGGAGGCUGAGCAUCAAACUUUAGUUAGUUCACACGGGGAAUUAGAAGUAAAUACCGGGUAUGAGCCGUUGGUCCCUAAGGAAGAGAGAACAGGACUGAAACUUAUGAUGUUCAACAUGAAUGUGAAGAAAACUAUGAUUCUUUUCCUCACAUGGAUUUCCUUCCUGCUCCUCCAAGUCUUUAAGAACAACGUUGUGGCAUGCAGUCAAUUAUAUUGGGUGUUCAAUUUAUUACAGUUCCCUGUGGCGCUAGGACUAUUUGGGUACGAAUGCGUGAAACUUUACAAAGAGAGCAAGAGCAGGAAAGUGACGGGAAACCAAGACAUGAUAUGCGAUGCCGCCAUUGAUUGGACGGCGGUGAACCUUGCUCUCUGUGCCCUCUCCGGCCUCGUUGGCGGAACCGUCGGCGGCCUACUCGGUUCCGGUGGUGGUUUUGUCCUCGGUCCUCUCCUCCUCGAGAUCGGCGUCAUCCCCCAGGUUGCCAGCGCGACAGCAACGUUUGUGAUGAUGUUCUCCUCGUCCCUAUCUGUAGUUGAGUUUUAUCUCCUCAAAAGAUUCCCUAUACCCUUUGCUAUGUACCUGACAGGGGUGUCGAUAUUGGCGGGAUUCUGGGGGCAGUGUUUGGUGAGGAAAAUAGUGGGAAUACUAAGGAGGGCAUCCAUCAUCGUCUUCAUACUUUCCGGCGUUAUCUUCGCUAGUGCUCUUACUAUGGGGUUUGUAGGUGUAGAGAAGAGUGUAAGUAUGAUACAUAAUCACGAGUUCAUGGGAUUCUUGGACUUCUGCAGCAGCCAAUGAGGUGUUGACCAAAGGGAUUGAAGAUCACGCAAUAAUAUUCAUAAAUAAUGUCAAAGUUGGUCAAUGACUAGUUGACCCACGCAUUCACUCUUGCUUGUGGCCGGCCUAGGGUUAGCUAGCGCUAACACACAGUGCCGGGUAGCAUUUUUUUUUCUGGUUAUUCAUCAUCACUCCAUCAUUUGCAAAGUCUCCCUCCCUCUUAAUUGUUUCUUUCUCUAUAUAUUGUUUAGUACAGUGUUACUCCCGACAUGAACGGGUUUUUCAUUAGUGAAAGAGGAAUCGAUUUUUCAUUCUCCCCUUUGCAUGAUUCUAUUCACACAUUAGACUGGGUUAUAAGAUUUUUGGAUUGAAUCACAUUAAACAUUUGAGUUCAAU